AUGACGGACUCGACCGCAAGCGCCGCACCACCCAAGAAGCGCAGCCUGUUCAAGCGCGCAGCAUGGCAGGAUGCGCCCAAGAAAGACAGCGAGGACAUGUUUAGCCACUCCAAUGAGUUCAAAGACAUAGUUGCCGAGCAGGUUAGGACAAGGGCAGAGGAGAAAAAGAAAGCGGAAGCGGCGAGAAAGCGCAAACACUCUGAACCGCGCGACCAAAAGCGACGCCGCGUAUCAGACGACAGCGAAGAGCUUGUCCCACCCAAACACGGCUCGACCAGCAAGGAACGGGUGGGCAGGACUGCUGCUAAAGCGCGCAGCAUCACAUCUGUCUCUCCAGCGCCAUCCCGUCCUCCACCCGAUUCGCUCACGGCACGCUACGACUCCUUGACCAAGUCCGCUUCCUCGAGCAUCUCGUUGCCUCAAAAAGCGUCUCACGUGAUUGACCUGGGCGACUCAGACGAAGACGACGACUCCGGUUAUGUCUCCAAGCCUGUCAACGACAACCCUGCCAUUGACUACAAAUCGCCCGCUUCCGACUUCAGACAAGACAUAGCCGUCCGGCCAUCGAAACUGUCCCCUAUAGAGAUCAAAGACGACGACGACGACGACGAUGACGACGGAGACCCCGCAUUCGCUGCAUUACGGGCAAGGGCACGGGCGCGUGUCGCGGCAGCCAAGGCGCAGGCAAAUGGCGAUGCUCCCAAGGCGCCUAUAGUACAGCUAUUGAUUGAUCCACAGAUGCCUGAUGCGAAGCCAUUGAUGGUCAAGGUCAGAGUAGACAGCACCAUCGGGAAGCCAAGGCUGGCAUGGUGUGGGAAGGAGAAGUUCUCGGAGCAAAUGACACGCAGCGUCUUCUUCACGUGGAAGGGCACACGUCUCUACGACAGCACAUCAAUAAAGCGAUUAGGAAUACAAGUCGACGAUAGCGGAAACGUCUCUGUUCAAGGAGACUCCAACAUAUACGAUGACGUCAAUCUUCCCAAGAUCCACGUCGAAGCUUGGACAGAAGACGUUUACAAGCAGCGUAAGAAGGAAGAUGCCGCUGCAGCUCUAGCCAAGAAGCUGGCAGCCGAAGCAGCUGUUGUGACGAGAGAAAAGACUCCAACUCCGGAACCGGAGCCCGAACUCGAAGAGAAGCGGUUCCGGCUAGUCCUAAAAGCGAAGGGCUACUCCGAUUUCAAACUGACUGUAAAAGAGAGCACCACCGUUGCACACAUCGCAAGUGCUUACAAGACUCGCCACAAGAUCGACAAAAACCAGCCAGUCACACUCAUGUUCGACGGUGAUCGAAUGAUGCCCUUGGAUACAGUGGCCGACUACGACGUGGACGAAGAAGAAACGUGUAUGAUUGAAGUCCUCUUGAAAUGA